AUGAGUAAUAGAAAUGACGACGCAUACACAAAGCUUGGUAGAUCACUAAGUGAAAGACAUUCAGACCAGCUUUCAACCCAAUUGGCUGUGUUUCAAUCUGCUCUUAUCAACUUUGCUCUGGAUCAUGGAGAUGAGAUCAAACUGAACUCAGAAUUCCGAAACAAAUUCACCCACAUUUGCCAACUGGUGGGUAUCGAUCCUUUAGAUCUUCUCUUGUAUUCGAGUUCACUAUCGAAUACAAAGAGCUCGCAGGACAGUAAUUAUACAAUAAGUCUAGCUGUAAGGAUCGUAGAAGUGUGUCAAGAAACAAGAGAUGUUAAUGGUGGCCUUAUCCGUCUCAAGGAAUUGGUAUCUAUUAUACGAGAAAACACAUACAUUAACAUCGAGGUGACAGAAGCAAAUAUCGAGAAGUCUUUGGCUACGCUUACUACUUUGGGAAAGGGAUAUGAAAUCUUGACAAUAUCAGGCAAGAAAUGGCUCAAAUUUACUUCUGCAAUCGGAGGCUCUAUCACGAAUGACCAAAAGAAAAUAUACGAGAUCUGCGGUUUCAUGGGUGGAUUUGUUACCUAUAGAUUACUCAGAGAUAAUUACGGCUGGGAUAAAGUACGUUGCAAGUCUGUAAUUGAUGAAAUGAUCAUGAAUGGAUUUCUUUGGGUCGAUUCACAAGGCGAAAAGGGCGAAUGGCAGUAUUGGGAGCCAUCGUGGAUUUCCAGUUAG